GGGGAGAAGAGUGGAGAUCGCGUCUGCGACUUGCUCAUUGGCAACGCUUUCGCAUUUCUCUCUCUCCCUUUUUUUUUUUUUCUUGGAUAUAAAAAGUUUUUCUUGGAUAUAAAAGGCCGAAAACCACUUCCUUGGUUUCGGUGCUUGGGGAAGACGAAGUCGGGAGAAAAUAAUUAAAAAGGGGGAGUUCAGAGAGGUCGAGGAGGACCGCUCGAUUCCUCGCUCGGGUCGUUGGUGAUGGUGAGUGGAGUACCGCAGAGGCUUGGAGGAGGCGGAGGAGAGACGUGAAAGAAACCGCCUUCUCGGGUUCUUUCCAUAGGUUUUUCAGAAGAUUUCGUGCUUUUCUUUCUUUGUUUCCGAACGGAUUUUGGUGUUUGAGCUGGGACAAACGGGCGAAUUUGGGUUAAAAAUCGAAGCGUGGGAGGUUUGACCCCAGUUUUUGAUGAGAUAUCGAGUUUGUUCAAGCUCGGGUAAUGGCGAAGAGGCGGAAGCGUGGCGGUUCAGUUGAACUGGAGCUUCUGCUGUCGUGUUGAUCUGGUUUUGAUUCCAAUAGCUUGGGUUCGAAGAGCUACAGCUCAAGAUCUCUUGGGAAAUCCUUAAAAAAAUUAAAACUCUGUUUGCUUUCUGAGGCGGACGAGUUCUGGGAGUCGGAGUCGACGAAGGGGAUAAAAAGGGUCGGGACAGGGGUCUUGCGGCCAGAUCCGGUGGAGAGAGAAGGGGAGGUAGAGGAGAAGGAGAGCAAAGGAUGAUGUUCGGGUCACCUCCGACGGCGGCGGCGAAGGAUCUCAACGCCCCGUACCUACCGGUAGCAGCGGCUUUCAACCACAGGAAAGAGGAGUCCGAUAUCCUCCACGGCCACCACCACCACCAGCAGCAGCAGCAGCAGAUGAGCUCCAGCUUGCUCCGGUACCGAUCGGCUCCGAGCUCGCUGUUUGGGGAGGUCUGCGAGGACUUCCUCCCGGUGAGACCCUCCAGCCUCGAGACGGAGACCAUGUUCGCCCGGCUCCUGGCGCCGGAUCCCCGGGACGAGAUCCAGGACAAACCGGCCUCUGCGGCCGGCGGCCAGAGGAGUCCCCACUUCACCCCGUCGGCACCAUCCGUGGCGAUGGAGCACGGCGGAGCGGAGGAGCUCGCGGGCCAGCAGAACGCCGGGUUCUCUGCUUCCCAGUUGCUGUAUCACUCGCAGCAGCAGCAGCAGCAAUUGCCGAGUCCCAACUCGGUCGAGAGCUCAUACCGGGUGGUGAGCUCGAUGGCCAUGGAGGCGGAGCAGAUGAAGACCGCUGCCGGAGCCACCGUUGGCGGCGGUGGCGGGCACUGCUCCAAUCUCAUUCGGCACAGUAGCUCCCCCGCGGGCCUUUUCUCUCACUUGCAUGUAGAAAACGGCUAUGCGAUGAUGAGAGGCAUGACGGGUUUCAGGAAUGGGAAUGGCUCCAUGGGGGAUGGCACAAAUCGACUGAAGGGUCAGAUAAGCUUCUCUUCAAGGCAAAACUCCUCGCCCGGGCUCAUGUCUCAAAUCUCUGAGAUAGGGAGCGAGGGCAUGGGGGGACGUAGCCCAGAAGAGAGUAACUUGGGAGUCGGCAAUGGUGGCGGCCGGGGUUACAUACCAGGCUUUCCGGUUGCCUCCUGGGAUGACUCCCCCCUGCUCUCCGAUAGCUACUCGGGGCUUAAAAGAGCCAGAGAGGCCGAGGGGAAGCUAAUUGCUGGUCUCGACCAAUCGAACCCUCAGAAUGAAGAGAUCAGGAACCAUGUAUCAGGUCUCACCCAUCAUUUUAGCUUGCCAAAGACCUCCUCGGAGAUGGCUGCAAUCGAAAAAUUUAUACAGUUCCAGGAUGCUGUCCCUUGCAAGAUCCGAGCCAAAAGGGGCUGCGCCACUCACCCACGAAGCAUUGCCGAGAGGGUGAGGAGGACUAGAAUUAGUGAAAGAAUGAGGAAACUACAAGAGCUUGUUCCCAACAUGGAUAAGCAAACCAACACUGCUGACAUGUUAGAUUUGGCUGUCGACUACAUCAAAGACCUCCAGAAACAAGUCAAGGCACUAUCGGAGAGCCGGGCGAGCUGCACCUGUUCUGCUAGCAAGCAGAAGCCAUACCCGAACCCGGCUGUGUGAACCUGGUGUAUGGAAAAGCAAAGAUGCUGGAGGGAGGUGAUCUUAGAACCGGAGAUGUCUCAUUAGGGAUGAGCUUUUUACCAGUGGGAGAAGGCCCCGAUGAAGCAGACACGGAGGAGGAGGGGAAUGUAUAGCUAUCACUAUUAGAAAGUCAUAUAGCUGCCGUGUUAUGUAUGUAUAUUUACUCUGUUCUAAUUAAUUAGAUCUCAUCGAUACCACGAAGGAGUUUGCUAAAUUAGUUCAAA